CAUGAAAUAUUCAUUGUAGAGUCAGAGGGCGCUCCUAUAUAAAAACCGGGAACAAGUCACCUUGCCAAACUUCAAUUACACCCGAAGAGAACGAAACCGUUAAACUGCUGAAGGUUUUCGCAAAGCUCAAAAGAUGGACACAAGAGUGAUUGCUGUAUUGUUCGUGGCUAUAAUGGUUCUGUCCUCGACAAAUGCUCUACCCAAACAGAAGGGAAGCUACAAGAACAUGAACCAUGCGGAUUUCUUGAAGGGGCUGGAUCGCGCUAGUAGCAAACGGGACUGCAGGGACUCACACUGGAGCUGUUUCUUCCAGAGCAACUACGAGGAUAUCUGCAGCACGGCACAGGCCGAAGAGUGUGCGCUAUCCUGUGGAUUAUGUUGAUCUAUAACUGAUAAGUGCAUAUAUCACGACACGGACCACCCCGGACAGCAGACACUUCGGACAUGUUCUAUGUUUACUGCAGUCAGUUCUUGUCAGAAGGAUCCAAUUAAUAGUACACCUGCUAGUUUUAUUUGUUUUAAAGCUCACAGUUUUUAGAGUAUCGAUAAAUAAUAUGGCUAACCCAACGAUAGAACCUGUGUAUAGUAGAGUGGCUCUAUAAAUAAACUCAUACGUAGUCUACCCGAUAAAUCGGUCUAAUAAAACUUGACUGAGGAAAA